ACCUGUGUCUUCUACAUCCCAUUCUUUAUCAUCCAAAAGGACCAAGAGUCCCUUUGCUGCCGCCCCUCGUCCCUCGAAUCCAUCUUCUGGAAUUUCUGGCGACCACCUCCGCCUCCCCCUCCCCCUAGCUCCAAGCUUGCCGACCGCAGAGCUGCAAGCUCACCCUCCUGCCUUACCCAGCCUCGAGAGGAAGCCAUCUCCGUUAAACGAGACUCCAGGUGCUGCGAGCAGACCCAGAGUGCUUUCGCUAGGAUUCGCGAUCGACUUUCCCACGUUCCAUCUCUUGAAGGCAUACGAGCUGUGUGGGUUCAAGGUUUGAGCAUCAACGUUCGCGAUCCGUACGACUCAUCCUCGUCCAUCACUCCUCCUCCUACCUCACCUCUUCACCUCGUCCACCUACCUUUACCUCCCAUCUUUUUCUCUCCAUCAGAAAACACACUUCCAGGACCUCCUCACCGUCCUCCCAACCUUCUGGACUCUUGUCCUUCUGGCCCGAUACUGCCUUUUCCCGACCACAGCCUGAUCCCGACCCCGACCUAUCUCCCUCGAUCGCACGCACCUGUCCUCCCUCGAUCCAUAACCACUUCAUCAACAGCACCAGCUCGCUCCGAGCACCAGGUCCAAUCCAUCGCGCCACUACACUUGCCCGUUUUCCUUCGAAAACCGUUGCGGUGUAGAUAGGCCAAUAAAAGCUGUUCUCUGAACAUCUAACUUCCGGCGUACUCAGCCCAAUCAAUCUCGUGUGUGAGACGCAAUUAAUACUUAGCCCAACAUGUCGGCUUCACCCACGCAACCCGCCAACUCGGCCAAGCGCCCUCUCGAGGAGACGUCUUCGCCAUCGCGCAGCAACGACCAGCCCGAUGCCAAGCGCCCUGCCCUGGACAAGAUUCUGAAGAAUGACGACGAGGUCGCCAUGGCUGAGAAGCCUGAGGAAGAGGAUGACGCCGGCGCUGUUGUCGAAGCCACCGAGGCUGCCCCUUCCGAAACCACCAACGGUGCCAAGGAGGAGACCGAAGGCGAGGCCGCAGACGAGCCGAAGCCCAUUGCUAGUGCCGUGGCCGGCAACGUUCCAUCGUCCACUCCUAAUGCCUCGACGCAUGACGAGACGGCUUGGAUCCACAUUCGCGCCGUCAUCUCCAGCCCAGAGGCUGCGACGGUCAUUGGCAAGGGAGGCGAAAACGUGUCCAACAUUCGCAAGAUGUCUGGGGCCAAGUGCACGGUCAGCGACUACCAGAAGGGUGCCGUUGAGCGCAUCCUGACCGUUAGCGGCGUGGUAGACGCUUCAGCCAAGGCUUUUGGUCUGAUCAUCCGAACCCUGAACAAUGAGCCCCUGGACGAGCCGUCCAGUGCGCAGUCCAAGACGUACCCCCUUCGACUCCUCAUCCCCCACAUCCUGAUCGGAUCCAUCAUUGGUAAGGGUGGAGCUCGUAUCCGUGAGAUUCAGGAGGCGUCCGGCGCCCGGCUUAACGCUUCUGACUCCUGCCUCCCCAUGUCAACCGAGCGUUCCCUCGUGGUCAUGGGCGUGGCCGACGCUGUCCACAUCGCCACGUACUACGUGGGAAGCACUCUACUGGAGCAAUUGAAUGACCGCUUUGGCGGUCCGGCCGCCUCAGCCUACGCGACGCGGAGCGGCGGUCCUGCCGGUGUUGUCCCAGGUGGUAUGCAGGUAGUGCCGUACUGCCCCCAGCCGACGACCGGCAACUACGGCAACAGGGAGAACUUUGGCAGACGCCAUGAUGCCAGGGGCCAACAUCCCCAGCAGCACCACAUGCCGCCCGCUCCCUACGGCCAGCAAUAUCCCCCUCACGGCGCCCAGCCCGGCCCCGCCAUUCCUCAGCAAUACGGUGCUCAGGCUGGCGGCUACGGCGGCGCGCCUAUGCAGCCACACGGUGGUCCUGCGGCUCCUCAGCCCCACGGCGGACACCCCGCGCAGCCCAUGCAUGGUGGUCCCGCCGCUGGCGGAAUGGCCGGUCAGCCUCUGACGCAGCAAAUCUUCAUUCCUAACGAUAUGGUUGGCGCCAUCAUUGGUAAGGGCGGCCAGAAGAUCAACGAGAUACGCCAGAUCAGCGGCAGUGUGAUCAAGAUCAACGAACCCCAAGACAACAGCAACGAGCGUCUGGUGACCAUUACCGGCACGGACGAAACGAAUCGCAUGGCCCUUUACAUGCUGUACUCGCGCCUCGAUCGAACGGUCCCGCUAUGGGUCUAA